CUUCAUCGCGCGGGAACGACAAGAACGGUACGCGCGAAAGAGAGAGCAAGAGCGAGUGAUCGCGCGGGGAAGUCGCGGGGCAUUCCUCCUCAGGGCUCAGUCGCACGUCUACCCUCGAUUACAUUGGAUUAUCGCUGCCCGCUCGCACCGUUCAACGCCACGGAACGGUCGACAGGAUCGGGGAUACGAGGGGGACCGCGCACACACACCAACGUCCCGCGGGUUGGGGCUUGGGGGGAAAACUGAGCAGAGUGUUCGCAGAUUACGACAAUGGAUUUAAUUUUUUUGACGUUGUGUACUCUUUGCAUCGUUGUGAUUUUCGCAUUUCUGCCAACAGUGUAUCAUCAUUAUGUUAUUCGACAGAAACUCAAAAACCUACCUGCACCUGUUAUUGGUUCGAUAUUUAAGUUAAUGAGGUUAUCAGGUUAUGAGCGCAUUAAAUUGUUUCUAACGUUAAUGGAGAAUUGUAAAGAAGGAAUAUUCAUACAAUAUAUCGGAGUCACACCUUAUGUUAACAUAUUUAAGCCAGAAUACUUGGAGCAUAUUUUUCCCAGCACUGUAAAUAUCACAAAAGGAGAUUUUUAUGAUAUGCUGAAACCUUGGUUGGGCAACGGACUUUUGACAUCUACAGGUAAACAAUGGUUCCACGAUAGAAAACUCAUCGGGCCGACGUUCCAUUUUAGUAUAUUAGAUCAAUUUGCUGUGGUUGUGUCUGAAAAAGCAGAGAUUCUGACAAAGUGUCUCCAAAAAGAGAUAGAAAAGAAUUCAGGAAAACCCGUUAAUAUUUUCCCUUUUAUUAUCAAUGCUGCUCUUGAUAUUAUCUGCGAAACAGCAAUGGGUGUGGAUAUACAUGCUCAAGAAGUCGUAACCAAAUAUACAUCAACAGUACAUCUAACUUCCUCGUUAAUAAUGAAUCGACUGCUUCGACCAUGGCAUUGGAUUGAAUGGUUGUUCUAUUCACUGCCUGCAGGGAAACAAUUUAAAUCAGCGCUUGAUAUAUUGCAUGGAUUUACAAAAGAGGUGAUAAGUAAGAGAAAGAUUGAACGACAAUCGCAAAACGGCCACACGGAACUUGAAAAUGAAGACGAUAAAUUUAAUAUAGGUAAGCGUAAGAGACAGGCGUUCUUAGAUCUAUUAUUAGAUCAGAAUGCGAAAGCUGAUACCCCUUUGACCGAUGAUGAGUUAAGAGCGCAAGUCGACACAUUCAUGUUUGAGGGACAUGAUACAACUGCUGUUGCGAUAACUUGGACGCUCUUUCUUUUGGGCAAUAAUCUAGAGCAUCAGGCGAAAGUUCACGAAGAACUCGAGGAGGUUUUCGGAGAUUCAGAAACACCAGCCAGUGUAAAGGAGCUGUCGCAAUUAAAGUAUCUCGACGGAGUCAUAAAGGAGACACUCCGAAUAUUUCCGAGUGUACCUAUGAUCUCAAGGAAACUAACGGAAGAUAUAAAAAUAGAUAAUUAUACGCUUCCGAAAGGUGUCAUGAUCACAUUGGCAAUCUUAUUAACACACCGAAACCCGACGGUUUGGCCAGACCCAAUGAAAUUCGACCCGGAUCGCUUCCUUCCAGAGAACUCGAAGAACAGGAAUCCGUACGCCUACGUUCCGUUCAGCGCUGGACCAAGAAACUGUAUAGGUCAGAAAUUCGCUCAACUCGAAGAGAAAAUCGUGUUGACUGCUAUCCUCAGGAAAUGGAGAGUGAAAAGUGUGAAAACAGUCGACACGAUUAAGUUCGCCGGCUCUCUCAUUUUACGACCAAGUGAAGACGUAUUCAUACAUAUUACGCCGAAGAAAUGAAGUUUGCUAUCAAAUAUAUGUUUUUAUAACAUGACUUUUA